AUCCCGCGCACACGUUCCAGUGGAAUCCCCUCGCGCAAAUCUCCUCACUAAUUUAUGUACAUCGGGAGCGCCAAAAAGCCCCUCCGCUCCUAGCGCUGCCGCCACGGAGAAGAGCAAACGCCUUCCUUGCCAUCCCCAAAUCCCAAAUUCUAUCCUUUCCACCAAAAAAAAACACCGCUCCGACUUCCAAUCAAUCCCUGGCGCCACAUUCCGUGGGAAGGAAGGAAGAUAGAGAAGCAGAGAAAACGCCUUUCCCGCACUCCCCAAAUCCCAAAUUCCAUCCUUCCCCACAGACAAACCGCUCUGAGUUCCAAUCAAUCUCUCGCUCCUCUCUUCCUCUUCAAUCCUUUCUCAACGAACCAAAAGAGAGGGCAAAAGAAACCCAUAACCAGAACCCUUCCACUUCUCUAUCUAUUUAAAAUAUACCAAUCCCGGAGAUAAUGCGUUGUGCAUUGAGAAAUGCCUCUGAAUCUCAGUAGUUUGAUUUCGACAUUUGGAGCGUAACUUGCAAGCAUGGGUCGGCGUUCUAGUGGCGUUACUAUGAAGAUGGAAGUCGAUGGUGGAAUUUACCAAAAUGUGCCUCCAGGGUUUUCGGCUGCAGAUUCGACGAGGGCUAGAAUCAAGCGCGAAGUUAAUGACGAUGGUGAAUCUGUGAUGAAUGACAUCGAUAAUCUUCCAUUGAGUAAACGGAUGAGAAUACUGCUUGCUGGUAGGCCGUCUGGUUCAUCGUCGGGCAGUGGAUCGAGUGGAAAAGUUACAACGUAUUGUGUUGAUGAGGCCGUUAUAGAAGAAGCUCGCCCUUCAAAGGGUGCCGAGCGAGGUGCCAUUCCGAAGAAUGAUCCUUCCCAUCAGAGGAUGGGAUCUAGGCGUGUCCAAGCCUCCGAGUCGUCCUUGCCCGAGCACUCCUCUUCCUCAGAAUCUUUGAUGGAGGAAGAGACAGCAACUCCACGCACAUCCCUGCUAAAAUUUUCUUCUCGCCCCGUAGUUUGUGAACGUAAGGUUCUACACAACUGUCUUCGGGGAUUCCCAGUGUUGGAGCUCCUCGUUCAGAUCGGAUGGGAGCCCGUUUUAUCAUUUGGAGGUCCUGUUCAUGAGAAUUUGGUCCGCAUGUUCUUCGCGAGAUGUCGGAAGCCGCAUAUGGAUCCCCUAAGCUUUGAUGUUGAUUAUAAUGGGAAAGUCACUCAUGUGACCCCGACUCUCAUUGGGAGGUUGAUUCAGGUUCCUCCAUUGGGGUAUGUCCCUCCGGGUUCUAACCUACCCCGUAAGGCUCAAAGGCUAGAGUGGACCCGGUUUCUAUGUGGCGGCCGAAAUGUUGCAUGGUUUCAGGGCAAUGCCUUACGGGCGUCAGAAAUGACCGCCCAAUUUCGCAUCCUUCAUCUCAUCUUCGUCUCUAAUGUCUACCCUCGAUUAGGCAAUCGAAGUGAAUUAACUCCUUUCAUGGCUGAGACGCUAUAUCGGGUUGGUAUCCACCAGCCGAUGUGCCUCCCUUCCCUUAUCAUGCGCCAGAUCAUUUAUGUUUUGACUUCGAGCCACUCCCUUGCCUUGCCGUUUGGAAACCUCAUCUGUAAGCUAGCCCGGGAAUGUGGUCUUCCGGCUACUUCGGAGCGCCCCAUUCUGAAGAAAAUGAUAGACUUGCUUAGCAUUCGUCGGAUGAAGUUGCUACCCCAGGAGUCCGCCCCAUCGGCUCCAUCUGCACCCCAGAUUGGCGUAGCUCCGCGUACUCCCUCUCCACUCGAGGCUAGUCCAGCAUCGCCACCAAUGUCAUCAUCAGCUGCUCCGCCCCCGAUCGAUGUAGCAGCUCGUCUAGCUGCUAUUGAGGAGCGCCAGAUGCAGAUUUAUCGCUACCUUCAGAGUUUGGCAUCCUGCUUCCGUCAGCAGGGGCAUGAUGUUCCCUCCCCCAGUAACUCUCCAUAGCUGCAAUUCUGUUACUGAAGUGAGUUGAUGACAAUUUUUUUUUUUUUUUAAAGUUGUCCCUUUUGCUAGCUAUCUCGAUAACAUUACUCUGUUCUUACUCGAGUAGACUUCUAGAUGUAUUCUUGUGACUUGUACAGACACUUUUGUACAAUCUCGAUAUCUUGUUACCUGUUUAUGCAUGUAUGAAUAUUUCUAGGCGUGUAUUACGUUGUGCACGCACGUGUUAUGGGAUUUUGUCGACUGCUGACAAAAGGAGGAAGAUAUCUAGAAUUAUGAGAAU